AUGAUUCUCAGUUUGCUGUUGCAACUCUGCCUCUUUCUGCUACGCUGCCCCCUUGCGGCAACGCUGCACGGCCCCCUGCCUCUCGACCUGCCAAUCCUCCACCUUCGCUACCCCCAUACGCCAUGGGUCUUCCCUGGCGAUACGCUGCCGAUGAAAUACACAUACCCCUUACCACAAAUCAGCAGACACGGGCUUGACCCAAGGUGGACAUAUCUCCUCAUCUUUGUGGAUCUAGACGUCGUGUACGGGGAUGCAUACACGGUGAUUCUGCACUGGUAUCAGCCAAACAUGCGCAUCAGACACCGGGAGAACUUUUGGCUAGAACCUGCUGGGUCACACACAACUGAUGCCGAAUGGGUAAUGCCGCCACCUGGGUUGGUUAAUUCGACCUCUGGGGCAGAGUAUAUUGCUCCUCAACCGCCGCCCCACACGCAUCAUCGGUACGUGUAUCUGCUGUAUAGGCAACCCAGGGGGUACAAAUUUCCCGACUGUUUUGGUCACAUCUUCCCCAAGACGGUCGAGGCGAGGGCUGGAUUCGACAUACGGCAGUUCACAGACGUUGCCGGGCUCCAAUUCCCCGUAGCUGGAAACUAUUUCUAUGUCGACAACAGCGAGUCUGUGACGAGCACCGCUCAUCCUCGCACGAGUCCGGUAACAACGUGGCUACGGUCGGCCCCCUGUGGACACCCGAAGACUGCGACGCCUCUGCCCUCAACAGCAGCAGAGGCUCGGGAGCAUGUGAGAGGUUCGCAGCGAGGGCAAGCUGUCAUGUAG